AUGUCAGAUGUACCUACCAUGGUUCCAAGAAGUGAAGCCAACAAAUACAAAUACGGAAUUGUCAUUGAUUCAGGCUCAUCAGGGUCAAGAAUUCAAAUCUAUAAAUGGGAGGAUCCCUCGUUACAGAAACUGCUGAAUGAUCAAAAUGUUCUUCGAUCACCACCAAAGAUUACACAGGAGGACAAUUGGACUAAAAAGAUUACUCCUGGUGUAUCUACUUAUAACACGAAAUCGAAAAUAACGCAAAUAUGGCUGAAACAUUACUCAGAGUUGAUGAAGUUUGCCGAGUCCAUUAUUCCAGCUGAUAAACACCAGGAUACGCCUGUUUUUGUCUUGAGUACAGCUGGUAUGAGGUUACUACCCAAAAGAACACAAAAAGCUAUAUUACAGGAGACAUGCAAUAGCAUAAGACAAAACACGAAUUUUCAAAUCUCUUCCUGUCGAUUAAAUGUGCAAACCAUUGAUGGAUCGACCGAAGGAAUUUAUGGUUGGCUCGGGCUAAAUUAUUUAAUGGGGCAAUUCAACAAUUAUGACCCAAGUAGUCUGCUGCACGAAACAAUUGGCUUUAUGGAUAUGGGUGGAGCUUCAACGCAGAUUGCUUUUGUUCCUUCAUCGGCAGAGCAAAUUGAAAGACAUCGAGAAGAUUUGUCAAGGGUCACAUUGAGAACAGUUGAAGGCCAAACAGUAGAAUGGAACUUAUUUGUCGCUACUUGGCUUGGAUUUGGUGCCAAUGAAGCUCGUAAGCGAUACAUUAAACAAUUGAUCAAUUUGGCUUCUGUCAAUGAAAACUUGCAUGAUCGGAUAAACGAUCCUUGUCUUCCAAAAGGAGCUACAUUUACUCAUGAAUUUGAUGGCAAGAAAUUCACCAUUGAAGGUGUAGGUAACUACGAGAUGUGCGUGAGGUCUAUCUAUCCUUUGCUUAUGAAGAGUAUUCCAUGCGCAGAAGAGCCAUGUCUUUUCAAUGGUAUACAUGGCCCCAAACUCGACUUUCAAAAAGACAAAUUUGUUGGUGUUUCUGAAUACUGGUAUACAGCUAAUGAUAUUUUCCAAAGCGGAGGAGAAUACGAUUUCAAGGGAUUCAAUUCGAGAGUGAAAGAAUAUUGUGAGAGCCCCUGGGGCACGAUUUUGCAGAAUUCAAAAGAUGGGCAGUACUCUGGAUUGGAUCCUGAAAAGUUUUUGAAAGAUGCUUGUUUCAAGGCCAGUUGGGUGAUGAAUGUAUUGCACGAUGGAUUUGAGCUUCCGAGGAUCGGGUUUGAGCUAGAUCAAGACGGAGCUGAUGAUGUUGGAAAAGAUGAUUCAUCAAAAGCCAUAAUGAACAAACACGUGCCAUUCAAAUCAGCAGACUCUGUUGGUGGCAAAGAACUUUCUUGGACCUUGGGCAGAAUUCUUUUGUAUGCCUCUUCUCAAAUUGAGCCAUUAAAAAACGAUGAUUUAGAGAUUGGCAUCUAUCCAAGUGAAAUUUCGGGCACUGAAUUUAUAAGUGGCGGCCAUAAUAGUGGAUACAUCAGUGAAGACGACAGCGACGAUGAGAAGGAUGGACCUUUUGGUCAUUUCAUUUACUCAUCAAUAUUUGUUUUCUUGAUGUUCUUUUUCAUUUACCACUUUGGCAAGCACCAUUUCAAAAGGUGGGGGAAGGGAUUAAAUUAUCUUCCUAUACCACUUCAAGUGUCCAAUUUUGUAGCUCGAGUAGCUCAAAAGAUUCCUGGAUUUGAUCUGUUUGCGGUACACUCUCGUGCAUAUAAUGAAUUGGAGCAGAGUAUUUCAUUAGAGGAAGGAUAUAGAGUCACUGAUUCUCCAAGACAAUCAACUAAUUACAGCCCUGAUCUGUCCGUUUUGAGAACACGACUGGCGAUUGGAUUAAAUGAUGAAUAUGAAAACCUGGUGCGAGAUAUACCAGUUCCAGCGUCAGCCUCUUCAAGUAUCGGUGCUGGUACUGGAGGAGGAAAUAAUAAUCUGCAUUUCGCUCCGCGAGUAAAUAACUUUUUGAGCAAACCGUUUAUGAUACCAAAGGCUAGUUCUAAUUUCCAAAUAUCGAGAGAGAAUAGCGCAGAAUCCUUAUCCAAGAAAGCAUCAAUUGCGCGUUCCAAAAGCUCUUUGGAAUAG